AUGCCCCAAGACUCCAGCCCCAGCGAGCCCUCCCCCGGCGACAAACAAGUCCAGAAGCGCACGCGGAUCCUCCUCUCCUGCGCGCCCUGCCGCAACUCCAAGCUCAAAUGUGACCGCCAGCAACCAUGCUCGCAGUGCGAGAAGAAGGGCCGCAUGGACCAGUGCGUCUACGCCCCCAGGCCCGUCAAGAAGAAGCCCCCGGCCAAGAACAUGACUUCGCGCCUCAAGCGCCUCGAGAGCCUGGUGCGGGAGAUGAUGGAGAACGAAGGAGAUGCGAAGCCGCCGGGGAGAAGCAGCGAGGGGAGCGCCGUGCCCUCGUUGCAGGGCCAUGUGGUCAAGGGGGAGCAUGGGACGACCUACGUCGGGGCCACGCACUGCAUGGCUAUGCUCGAGGACAUUGAGGACUUGAAAACGUACUUUGAUGAUACGGGGGCCCACGAGGAAGGGAUCUUGUCGACGGAUGAUCUGGAUGCGCCUGAAAUGCUGUUGUGCCCGACGAUUCCGCCGACAAACAGGGACGAACUCAUCGCGCAGCUGCCGGAUAGGCAUGUUGCAGAUCGGUUGAUUAAGAGAUACUUUGCAUCCAUGAAUAUUAUUCAUCGACCUACAUUUACAAAAAUGUAUGCCCGGUUCUGGCAAGACUCCAACGACGUAACCCUCCAUUGGCUCGCCCAGCUCUUCAUGAUGCUCGCGCUGGGCAUCUUCUUCAACAGCUUCGCCGCUCCCCACGAACUCUCAGCCGACUCGCCCGUCCCCAUCUUGGACCGCAUCAAGCACUACCGCUCCUGCGCCGGCUGGGCCCUCAUCUGGGGCAAGUACACGCAGCCCACGUCCACGACGCUGCCCGCGUUCCUGCUCUACGUCGAAUCCCACUUCAUGUUCAACCGCGCGGCCCAGAUGAACUGCUACGUCCUCUCGGGCGUGUGCAUCCGGCUCCUGCUCAAGAUGGGCCUCCACCGCGACCCGUCCAAGCUGGCCAAUAUAUCCCCUUACGAAGGCGAGAUGCGGCGGAGGUUAUGGAACAUGGCGGUGCAGAUCGAGCUCAUCGUCUCCUUCCACAUGGGCCUGCCGAGCAUGCUGCAGGGCAUCGAGUCGGACACGCGCCCCCCGUCCAACCUCCAAGAUGAGGACUUUGACGAAGAUUCCACGUCCCUACCCCCGGCGAGACCAGCCACCGAGUACACACAUGUGACGUACACCAUCAACAAGACCAAAAUCAUCAGAGUCUUUGGCCAAAUCGCCAACCAGGCGCACUCGCUCUCACCCCCCGAGUACACCGACGUGCUGCGGCUCGACGCCGUUCUGCAGGACACAUGGGGCGCUCUCCCGGGCUUCAUGCGCGUCCGCCCCCUAGACGAGUGCGUGGGCGACACGCCCGUCCUUUUGACCCAGCGCUUUGGCCUGGCCGCACUCUACAACAAGUGCCGCUGCGUCCUACACAGACGGUAUCUCGCCGAACCCGUUCCCGACAAGGACCACAACUAUUCUCGCCAGCAGGGCAUCGACGCGGCGCUGUCGCUGCUCCAAAAUCAGUACCUUAUAUGGAGGCACUCGAAGCCGGGCAACGUGCUCAGCUCCACGUCGUGGUUCCUGUCGUCCCUGGCCGUACACGACUACUUGCUAGCGGCCAUGAUUGUGUAUCUGCUGAUCAAGAACGAGAAUUAUCCCGAUGGAGAAGGGUUCGACUUUGACGGCAAGAAGCCCAGCAAGGAGGAGCUCAAAGGCAUGCUGAAGCGGUCCUAUAUGAUUUGGACAGAGGUAUCCGAGAACGUGGCUGAGUUGAGGAAGACGGCGGACGCGCUGGCCGCCAUGUUGAGUAAAUUAGGGGAUCCGGUGGACAAGGAAGUGAGGAUACCAACACGAGGUUCGGAAUACCCGUCCUCGGGGUCGGUUGGGUGGUCAUCAUCAGCGGAGAAGGGUACUUCUACUGGCGAGCCGGAUUUACUCUCUAGUAUCUGGAUUGAAGGAGCGAACUCAUCUUCAGGGCUUACACCAUUCCCCAUGGCCCAGCCAACGACCAAUGCUACUCCAGCAAUGGACUUUCCACUCCCCGCCACGUCGGAGGCCAUUCUUGGGAGUAACCUAGGCUUUGAUCCGUCGUGGAUGGAGCCAGCAGAUAAUAUGGACUGGCGUUUUCUUGACGUCUCCCUGGCACAUAGCCAUACCGCCGGCACUAAUUCCGCGUCUGGAGCGUCAUGGGUCGAGAAACUGCCCCUGGAUGAACUGGACAUGCUGGAUCCCGGGCUAUGGGGCCGGCCAUCUGGGGAAGCACACAGACACUUCCCGUCUAGAUAG